GUGGGAGUUGUUUUUGGGUUCAGGACGGCCGGUUGACGAUCAGGACUCAGAAGACAGAGAAAAACGCCCAAAUUCAGGAUGAAGACUCUGGUGCUGGUGCUGCUGGGUUUGGCCUUUACGUUUGCAACUGCGUCAAAGCCUAGAAGUCAGUUCACACGUUACCGCUCAUGGAACUCACGGAAGUAUCCGGUGUGGAAAGAUGGCGACCCAAGAUUCAUGAACUGCUGGCUUGGUGGUGAAGUCACUUUUGAUCUGAAAAAUGAUGCACCCACAUUGACAGGAGCAAGAGUAACCUUCAAUAUUAAUCUCAAUUUCCCGCAAAACCAGACAACUCUCUCUGAUGGGCAGGUGGUGUGGGCCAAGAACUGCACCGUCAAUGGACAACAGUACCACGAGGGUCAGGCUGUGUAUCCUGACCAGGACACCCAGUCGACUGGAAUUUUCCCAGACGGUACACCGUUCCCCAGGAGCCAAAACAGGAACCCCCACUACGUGUUUGUGUGGAAGGCAUGGGGUCGUUACUGGCAGGUGGCAGACGGACCAUCCUCGUCCCUCACUGUUGGUACAGAGAACGUCGCCCUGGGCUCCCACAACAUGGAGGUCAUCAUCUAUCACUGUCGUGGCAAAGACAAGUUCAUCCCUCUCGGCUAUGCCUCUACAGUUUUCACCAUAACAGACCAGAUUCCCUUCACCAUCUCCCUAUCCCAAGUCAAUGACGUCAACCAGGACGACCAGAACUUCAUCCAGAACCGAGCCAUUACUUUCAGCAUCAAGCUCCAUGAUCCCAGCCAGUAUCUCAACAGUGCCGACAUCAGCUUCAGCUGGGACUUUGGUGAUAGCACUGGCACUCUGAUCUCCAGAAGCCUCACCGUCACACACACCUAUCUGGCAGUCGGUACCUUCAUCCCUCAGGUGGUUCUGAUGGCGAACAUCCCCAAUGGCUGUGGAAACCCCACCGCUGUUGUUCCUAUUGAUGCCUCUGCUGUUCCAGCAGUAGUUGUGAUGGCCUCCACCCCUGCCGCUAUCCCGGCAGCACCAACCGAGGGAGGAGAUACGAUUGCUCUGGACGUUCCUGCUUCAGUCGUCACUCCACUCGCUGUUUCUGUGCAGCCAGCUGAGGCGGUGGAUGCAGAAGUGGUGGUUGAUGCGGACAUUGAGGUGGUUGCCUCGGUGGCGCCUGCAGUAGUCGACGCAGCUGUUGUUACAGAGGGACAAGACCCCGCUGCUGAAGCAGAUGUUACCGCAGGUGAGGUGGCCACUUCUGCCCCGGUUGCAGUUGAAGUAGCAGCAGACGCCGAUGCUGCUGCUACUGAGGUUGCCGCAGCUGUUGCAGAUGCUGAUACAGUUGCUGCGGCGGCUGAAGGCGAAACUGCAGUGGUGACAGAUGCAACUGAAGAAAUCGUGCCUGUGAUUGAUGCUGCCGCUUCAGUUGCGCCUGUUGAAGAGGGAGAAGAAGCUGCAGUUGAGGCCGCUGUCACUGUUGCUCCUGCAGCAGAAGUAGCCGUAGAGCAAGAAGCUGCUGUUGUGGCUGCUGAUGCUGAUGUUGCUGCUGCUGAGGUUGCUACGGCAACAACUGAGGAUGCUGCCACAGAGGUUGUCCAAGCUGAAACAGAAGCCCCUGCUGAUAACGUUGUGGCCCUUGCUGCCACUGAGACCACAAUUGUAGAAGAGGCAUCCCCAACUGGUGAUACUGAGGCGGAAGUGCAAGCAACUGAGAAUGAAGUUGCAGCUACUCAAGCUCCUGCAGAGCAAGCAGCAGAAGCCGUUGCAGCUGAGGCCGAAGUAGAUCCAGCACAGGUUGCCCUUGUUGUGGCUAAAAGACAAGCACCAGAGCUACCAGCUGACUGCAUGGUCUACCGUUAUGGCUCCCUCGCCACCUCUGUAGUUGUUGUCCAGGGUAUUGAAAGUGUAGAGAUUGUUCAGAUGUCCAACGUUGUAGCAAUGGCAACAGAGUUGGCUCAGAAUGCUGUAGACGUCACUAUCAGCUGUCAGGGAAGUCUGCCAAGUGAGGUCUGCACAGUUAUUUCCGAUGCUGACUGUAUCACGCCCAUGGAAACUGUGUGUAGUGCAGCUUUACCCUCACCAGACUGCCAAAUCAUCCUUCGGCAGUUCUUCAACAACACUGGAGUAUUUUGCAUCAAUGUCUCCUUGACCAAUGAUGUCAGCCUUGCUGUGACAAGUGCAAGAGUCAGCGUAUCAGUAGCCUCCGGUGGUUCCCCGGGUGGAACUGCAGCCACAGUCCUGGGGGUUAUGGUUCUCGCUUGUGUCGUCUGUUGUAUUGGUUUGAUGUACAGGCGGUUCAAGCAGUACCAGCCACUAAGAGAAGACCAUGAUGACAGUAAUGGAGGCAGCUCGGGGGUGACAUCCAUGCCUUUGUUGUUGUGGAACUUGCUGAGCCGACAGUCACCAGGAGAGAGUCGACCACUGCUUCAGGGGAGGGUUGUUUGAAUUUUAUAAUCUGCGAAUGCAAACAGCAUUUCCCAAUCUGUUAAAACAUUGACUUCAGACACAAUAUAAUAGUAUAACUCCUGCUCAAUUUAUUAAACCGAAAACUAAUUCAUUUAACCAGGCCCGUGUACAAAAUGUGCAGAAAUAAAAAGGAGUCAACUGUCAUAAGAAUGUUGAAACAUUUGUUGAAGAAAGUGAUAUUUAUUUUGACCUACAUAUUUUUUAUCAAUUAGUACCAAUAGUUUUUUAGAAGCCAAAACAUAUUCUCAUAUUUGUGGCCAACUUAGAAAAUCAAUUGGAAAAUCAAUUUUAACAUAUUUCAAUUAAAUAUUUUUAAAAAUUCAUUUAAAUCACUUACAUCACAAAAUAUGAUCUUGUUUGCUACCCAGUUAUUAAUAAAGUGGUAACGUAUCACAA